GCUGCGUUCGGGAGGAGUUAACGGGAGCGCGCACUGCCAGCCAGACAGACGGUCGAGUGGAGCAACAAGGAACAGCAGCGGACCGAGUCCCACGUACCGCGAGUCCCGCAGUUUAGCCGUCGCUUUCUCUUUGUAUUUUCUCCGUGUUGCAGCUGUUUUACCACCUAACGUCAGCAUGCGUGAGAUAGUGCACCUGCAAGCCGGCCAAUGCGGCAAUCAGAUCGGGGCUAAGUUCUGGGAGGUGAUCAGCGACGAGCAUGGAAUUGACCCCACAGGAAGUUACCAUGGGGACAGUGACCUGCAGCUGGACAGGAUCAACGUCUACUACAAUGAAGCCUCAGGAGGCAAGUAUGUUCCACGCGCCAUCCUCGUGGACCUGGAACCCGGAACGAUGGACUCAGUCCGCUCUGGACCUUUUGGGCAGAUCUUCAGGCCAGACAACUUCGUCUUUGGUCAGAGUGGUGCCGGAAACAACUGGGCCAAGGGCCACUAUACGGAGGGGGCAGAGCUGGUGGACUCCGUGAUGGACGUGGUGAGGAAGGAGGCCGAGAGCUGCGACUGCCUGCAGGGCUUCCAGCUCACCCACUCCCUGGGCGGUGGCACCGGCUCAGGCAUGGGCACCCUGCUCAUCAGCAAGAUCCGCGAAGAGUACCCCGACCGCAUCAUGAACACCUUCAGCGUGGUGCCCUCGCCCAAGGUAUCUGACACCGUGGUGGAGCCCUACAAUGCCACGCUGUCCGUCCACCAGCUGGUGGAGAACACAGACGAGACCUACUGCAUCGACAACGAGGCGCUGUACGACAUCUGCUUCCGCACGCUCAAGCUCACCACGCCCACUUACGGCGACCUCAACCACCUGGUGUCGGCCACCAUGAGCGGGGUGACCACCUGCCUGCGAUUCCCUGGCCAGCUCAACGCCGACCUCCGCAAACUCGCCGUCAACAUGGUGCCCUUCCCCCGUCUGCACUUCUUCAUGCCCGGCUUCGCCCCCCUCACCAGCAGGGGUAGCCAGCAGUACCGCGCCCUCUCCGUGCCCGAGCUCACCCAACAGAUGUUCGACUCCAAGAACAUGAUGGCCGCCUGCGAUCCGCGCCACGGUCGCUACCUCACGGUGGCUGCCGUCUUCCGCGGGCGCAUGUCCAUGAAGGAGGUGGACGAGCAGAUGCUCAACGUGCAGAACAAGAACAGCAGCUACUUCGUGGAGUGGAUCCCCAACAACGUGAAGACCGCCGUCUGCGACAUCCCGCCCCGCGGCCUCAAGAUGGCCGCCACCUUCAUCGGCAACAGCACCGCCAUCCAGGAGCUCUUCAAGCGCAUCUCCGAGCAGUUCACCGCCAUGUUCCGCCGCAAGGCCUUCCUCCACUGGUACACCGGCGAGGGCAUGGACGAGAUGGAGUUCACCGAGGCGGAGAGCAACAUGAACGACCUGGUGUCCGAGUACCAGCAGUACCAGGACGCCACCGCUGAGGAGGGCGAGUUUGAGGAGGACGGCGAGGAGGAGGUGGCCCAGGCCUAGACUUCUCCUUCUCAUCCCUCUCUUCUCCUCUCUUCCACUCCUCUUUCCCUUCAUCUCUAUCCAUUUCUCAUAUUCUUUCCAUCAGCCUCACAUAAGUACUGCAUAUCUUUUCCUUGGUCCAGUCCUUUCUCCCCGCUGCCCGUAGGGGUCCAUGUUGUUUUUCGGUGAUUAUGGUCUACGUUGUGAUUGAGUUAGAGAUUAGUAGUGCUUGUGCUGAAGCACUGGUCUUUCCACUGCAACUCAUACACGCGCACACACACACACUGAAACACACACAGAAAAACACACACGGAAACACACACAAACAGAAACACACACACACAAACAGAAACACACACACACACACACACAUACAAAAACACACAUUAUUCCCAUUCCUGCUAGCAGCCUCUUCCCAUGUCAUCAUGAUGUGAUGAAUAUGUAUUUGCCCCCUCCUACUUUCUCACUCAUCUUGUCAUCCUGACAAGAGGUCAUUUCUAACCCAAGGGCACCUUUACAUGACUGGAACAACUAGGCACUGAUUGAAUAAAAGUUGUGAGUAAAAACAAA